AUGGUUUUUCUUCUCUCCCUCCCGGCGAUCACCAUCUUCCUCGCGCUCCUCCCUGUCCAAGUACUCUGCCAAGAACCCGCGACGGUCACAGUAGUUGGUACAACCAUUACUCAAACUUUUACCGCGGCCGCCUCCACCACGCCUCUCUCGCCCCAGUACACCAACUCCCUCACCUUCCGGGAAUCAAUCCUCAACUCUACGAACUUCUAUCGUUACGAGCAUUCGGCCGGGUACAUAUACUGGAACAAUACUCUUGCAUCUUACGCUCAGAGCUACUCGGAAAGUUGCGUAUGGGAACACUCGCACGGUCCCUAUGGGGAGAACCUCGCCAGAGGAUAUCCCGACGUUAUCUCGGCAGUUGACGCCUGGGGAAAUGAAAGGGCACUGUAUAACUUUUCCAGCACAGAUCCGACCGGCUUUACUGAGAGCACGGGUCAUUUUACCCAAUUAGUAUGGCAAAACACACAGGCCACAGGAUGCGGCUGGACAAACUGCAACGGCCAGAACGGGCUGGACGGCAUAUACUUGGUGUGCGAGUACUGGCCGCCGGGGAACAUCGUCGGAGAAAACAAUUUGUUCUUCAAAGCAAAUGUUGACCCUCAACGGAGCAGUGGGGAUACCGGAUUUGACGAACUGAGUGCAACGAUGGGUGCCACGGGCGGGACACCGACCGCGACGAGUUCACUUUUGAAUCUACCGGCCGCGACGGCGAGCAGUACGGGUGAGUCGAUUGGGGCUCCAAUGGUGGAGAUGGAUAGACGGGGGCUGCUCGUUAUUGUGUGCGUGACACUGGCCGCCGUGUUGUUCGGGUUGGGAAUGUCGUGA